CUGAAACCCUGUCGCCAAUCCUCCCAAAUCGAUGCAACUCGAGUCCGCCGCUCGCCGUCGCGUCCCACAGCCCACCGUCAGCGACCCGACUUGCCUUCCUCCACCACCUUCUGCUGUGCUUACACGCAGAGGAAGUUCCAUCCUCACCUAGAUUCUCUGAUUCUUUCUCUGCCUCUCCUCAUCCAAAUACCCGCCAACCCCCGACCGAGAAGACCGCGUCCCUUCGACGCUUCUUUGACCGACCUCAUCUCUCAACCAGGCUUCCCUGUCGCUGCUUCUCCAGUGGAAACCUGCAGUCGCCGCGAUGACGGUGAUCCCCAACGACCAGCGGGGCUGGAUUCUGGCUUCGGCCAGCGGACUGGCAUGUGUUUUCGGUGCCUGUUUUAUCAACCUUGACAUCAUCCUGCAUGUCGUCCCGAGAUGGCGCUCGUUCAACAUUCGCCAGAGCACAACCUUCCUCGCCGCAUCGCUGAGCUUGAGCUUUGGUGUGAUGUUUUUCAGCGCGUUAGUCACACUACUACCAGAAGCGAGGAGCUACUUUUCGCGAUACGAAUACUCAGCGAGUAAGGCACAGUUCGCGGUUGUCGGGUUCUUUCUGGCGGGGGUUCUCGGGCUACAGGUCGUGUCUGAGCUGCUUCACCGUUGCUUGCCAUCAUCGAUCGUCACUUGUGAAGACCAUGGUAGUGUGGGCGGAGAACACUCCCACGGUGGACUACACGAUUCCCGGCUGGAGACUGGAGAUGUGCUUCCCGAGACCACCACGACAGUGGAAUUAUCGGACGACGAAGAGACGACGCCGCUUCUAGACCGCCGUCCGACCAUUAGAUAUGCUCGGUCGUUCCUCAAAAAGCAUUGCGCCAGCGGAAAGUGUUACGGUUACUCCGACCACCCUUGCGACCAGUUCUGUAGUAUAGACCGGAGCAAGAAGGCGGCUUCCGAGAGUGUAUCCGAGAGUGUAUCCUCGACUGAAGGUUUGCGUACCCAUUCGCACAUUCAUCCCAUGCACGAUGGGCACAUACACCCAAAUGUAUCCGAACAUGACCACACGGCGCACUCCCAUGAUAACGACCAUGAACAUGGAACUGGACAUCACCAUGUCCCAAACAAUAAGUUCCUGAGUAUUGGCGUUCAAACAUCAAUCGCCAUCGCCCUCCACAAGUUUCCCGAGGGUUUCAUUACCUACGCCACGAACCAUGCUAAUCCGACACUUGGAUUCAACGUGUUCAUUGCGUUGUUCAUCCACAACAUAGCCGAAGGCUUCGCUAUGUCCCUCCCGUUGUUCCUCGCAUUAGGAUCUCGCACAAAAGCCGUCGUUUGGGCCAGUUUGUUGGGUGGCCUUGCCCAACCUAUGGGAGCGCUCUUCGCAUGGCUCAGCAUUCGAGGGCGAGACGUUGAGAUCAAUUACGCCGUCUAUGGUAUUCUGUUCUCCGUAACUGCUGGUAUCAUGUGUUCAGUUGGCCUCCAACUGUUUUCGCAGGCGAUCCGGUUACAUCACGGCUCGCGGUUGUCUUUCAUCUUCGCCUUCAUUGGGAUGGCCAUCAUGGGAUUUUCGUCCGCCAUCACAGCGCAGUGAGAAGGUAAUGGACUACCUACUAGACGGAGCGAGUGUUUUUUCUUUCUGUACAUUUGUUUUUUUUCAUGAUUGAUCACGUUACGGCGCCAUUGCAUGAGGAUGGGGGAUUUUGUUUUUUUACUGGGCAAUUGUUUUACAUACGGUCAUUUUUUUUGUAGUCCCACGGUAGGUACAUCGGGACCUUUUUUAGAGAAUACUCAUCACGCAAUUUCGCGAUACAACCGUCCCUUGCACCGUGUGUAAACACUCCCCAGUGCGGAGUACCCGUUGGGUGGUGGUGUGUAAUGCACAUUGUAGG